CGCAGGAGGCGACUGCGUGUGUGCCCGUGGCCAGCCCUAGCGCCGCAACCCGGUCUGACGGGCACGCAUCCCGACCGCGCCUGGCGCUUCCCGCGAGCCCGCUGGGCGCGUGCGCGCACGGCCGAAACGCGUGCUGCUCGCGCGCGCCGCCUCCCCGGCGUCUCCGUUCUCCCGCCCCACGGCCGGUCUCGGGCGCCCCCUCCCUCCCUGCGCUCCCACAGCCCGAGCGCCGCUCAGCUGACCGGCGGGCGCCAGACGCCGGGCUCACGGCUCGCUGGCGCAGCUGCGGCGGGCGUGAGCCUCUUCCGCCGACACUCCCCCUCCGCGCCCUUCCCCCACCGGGACCUGGAGCCGGACUGACCCGGAGCGAGCUCGCGGCCGCUUCCCCGGCGCCGCGCGAGGAGCGAGGCUGCGGUGACGAGCGGCGGCAGUACGGCCAUGGGCGCGCCGGUGUCGCCCUAGGACGGGCGCGCGGAGACCGCAGCCUGAGCGGCAGCCGCGGCACUGAGCCUUCCCGGGCGGCGGCGGCGGCAGCGGCAGGAGCAGCGGAGCCGGGAUGAGCGGGAGCGGCGCGGCCCCCGGCCCGGGCUCGGGCUCCUCCCAGGCCGCCUGCCGCUUCGCGCACUACUUCGUGCUGUGCGGGAUCGACGCGGACAGCGGGCUGGAGCCCGACGAGCUGGCUGUUUUGUACCAAUGGCUAGAAGCAGAUCGUCAUGGCAAGAGCCAAGGUGCUGCAAAUACGACCUCAGGUGAAAACUUUGACCAGAGUCCUUUGAGAAGAACAUUCAAAUCCAAGGUUCUGGCCCACUAUCCUCAGAAUAUAGAAUGGAACCCUUUUGAUCAAGAUGCAGUGAACAUGCUGUGCAUGCCGAAAGGGCUGUCUUUCAGAACACAAACUGACAGUAGAGACCCUCAGUUCCACUCAUUUAUAAUUACUCGGGAAGAUGGUUCUCGUACCUACGGUUUUGUUCUCACUUUUUAUGAAGAAGUUACAAGUAAGCAGAUCUGCACGGCCAUGCAGACGCUCUACCAGAUGCACAAUGCAGAGCAUUACAGCAGCGUCUGUGCCUCCUCCUCCUGCAGCAUGGACUCACUGGCGAGCAGCAUCGACGAGGGAGACACAACUUCCCUUUUGAAACUCCAGCGAUACAACUCCUAUGACAUCAGCAGGGAUACCCUGUAUGUUUCCAAAAGUAUAUGUUUGAUCACACCACUGCCCUUCAUGCAGGCCUGCAAGAAAUUCCUUAUCCAGCUUUACAAGGCAGUUACCUCACAGCAGCCACCGCCCUUGCCACUGGAGAGCUACAUCCAUAAUAUUCUCUAUGAAGUGCCCCUUCCACCUCCAGGGAGAUCACUGAAAUUUUAUGGUGUUUACGAACCCAUCAUCUGCCAGAGGCCUGGGCCCAGUGAACUCCCCCUCUCCGAUUAUCCUCUUCGAGAGGCCUUCGAGCUCCUGGGAUUGGAGAACCUGGUGCAGGUGUUCACCUGUGUUCUUUUAGAGAUGCAGAUCCUUCUCUACUCACAAGAUUACCAACGCCUGAUGACUGUGGCGGAAGGCAUCACCACCCUCUUGUUCCCAUUUCAGUGGCAGCAUGUUUAUGUGCCCAUCCUCCCUGCUUCUCUGCUACAUUUUCUUGAUGCUCCUGUCCCUUAUCUGAUGGGCCUUCAGUCAAAAGAAGGAACUGACCGUUCUAAACUAGAACUUCCUCAAGAGGCUAAUUUGUGUUUUGUGGAUAUUGACAACCAUUGUAUCGAGUUGCCUGAGGAAUUUCCACAGUUCCCCAAUAAAGUGGAUUUUAUCCAGGAACUUUCUGAAGUUCUCCUUCAGUUUGGGAUCCCUCCUGAGGGCAGCCUGCAUUGCAGUGAGAGUGCCACCAAACUGAAGAAUCUGGUCCUGAAAGACCUGGUCAAUGACAAGAAGAAUGGCAAUGUCUCCGCUAAUAACAUCAGCAUGUAUGAGUUACUGAAGGGCAAUGAGACCAUAGCCCGCCUCCAGGCUCUGGCCAAGAGGACCGGUGUGACUGUGGAGAAAAUGGACCUCUCUGCCUCUCUGGGUGAAAAAGAAAAGGAUUUGAAACUGCAGUGUGAAGAGGCAGAACUGAGGGACUACCAGCUCAACGUGCAGCUCCGAGAGGUGUUUGCUAACCGCUUCACGCAGAUGUUUGCAGACUAUGAAGCGUUCGUGAUUCAGAGCGCCCAGGACUUGGAGUCCUGGCUCACCAACCGAGAGCAGAUGCAGAACUUUGACAAAGCUUCCUUUCUGUCUGACCAGCCUGAGCCAUACCUGCCCUUUCUUUCACGCUUCAUUGAAACACAGAUGUUUGCCACCUUUAUCGAUAAUAAAAUUAUGUCUCAGUGGGAGGAGAAAGAGCCUUUGCUUCGAGUCUUUGACUCUCGGAUUGAGAAGAUCAGACUGUACAAUGUAAGGGCGCCCACCUUGAGGACGUCUAUAUAUCAGAAGUGCAGCACUUUAAAAGAAGCAGCCCAGUCAAUUGAGCAGCGGCUGAUGAAAAUGGAUCACACUGCAAUCCACCCACAUCUACUUGAUAUGAAAAUUGGUCAAGGCAAAUAUGAGCAAGGGUUCUUUCCGAAGUUACAGUCUGACGUUCUGGCAACAGGACCAACAAAUAACAACCGCUGGGUAAGUCGGAGCGCUACCACACAGCGCAGGAAAGACCGCCUGCGCCAGCACCCGGACCACGUGGGCCUGGACAGCGACGUGAGAGAGCCUUCCGGGGAACUUUUGGUCUGUCAGAACUCCAUGGCAUUCUGGGAGUGGGAUCAGGGUACACCUCCUCCCGCACGACUUCCCAAAAAGUCCUUCUCUGAGUGCUGCCUGAAAUACAUGCAAGAAGCACGAAGUUUAGGAAAAAACCUGAGGCAACCGAAAUUGUCAGACCUCUCUCCAGCAGUGAUUGCACAGACCAACUGGAAAUUUGUAGAAGGCUUAUUAAAGGAAUGUAGAAUGAAGACAAAACGCAUGCUGGUGGAGAAGAUGGGCCACGAAGCAGUGGAGCUGGGCCACGGGGAGGCGAACAUAACGGGCUUGGAGGAGAACACCUUGAUCGCCAGCCUCUGUGACCUCCUGGAAAGGAUAUGGAGCCAUGGCCUGCAGGUCAAGCAGGGGAAGUCGGCUUUGUGGUCACAUUUAAUUCAGUUUCAGGAUAGAGAAGAGAAACAAGAGCACCUUGCAGAAUCACCAGUUGCCCUGGGACCAGAAAGGAGAAAAUCUGACUCGGGAGUUAUGUUGCCAACACUCAGGGUCUCCCUUAUCCAGGACAUGAGGCAUAUUCAAAACAUGAGCGAGAUCAAGACUGACGUUGGGCGAGCCCGGGCAUGGAUAAGACUGUCGCUAGAAAAGAAGCUCUUGUCCCAGCACCUCAAGCAGUUGCUCUCCAACCAGCCCCUCACCAGGAAGCUUUAUAAGCGUUAUGCUUUCCUACGUUGUGAAGAAGAAAGAGAACAGUUUCUUUACCAUCUCCUUUCCCUCAAUGCUGUGGACUACUUCUGCUUCACCAGUGUGUUCACCACUAUCAUGAUUCCGUAUAGGUCAGUGAUCAUCCCCAUCAAAAAGCUGAGCAAUGCCAUCAUCACAUCGAACCCCUGGAUCUGUGUGUCAGGAGAGCUAGGAGACACAGGAGUAAUGCAGAUUCCAAAAAACCUCCUUGAAAUGACUUUUGAGUGCCAGAACUUGGGGAAGCUGACCACUGUGCAGAUCGGGCACGAUAACUCGGGGCUGUUAGCCAAGUGGCUGGUGGAUUGCGUCAUGGUCAGAAAUGAAAUCACAGGACAUACAUACAGGUUCCCCUGCGGGCGGUGGCUGGGGAAGGGCAUCGACGACGGAAGCCUGGAGAGAAUCCUUAUUGGAGAGCUGAUGGCAUCGGCAGCAGAUGAGGAUCUGGUGAAGCAGUGCCGGACGCCCCCCCAGCAGAAGUCCCCCACCACGGCCAGGAGACUUAGCAUCACUUCACUAACAGGAAAAGUCACCAAACCCAAUGCUGGACAGAUCCAAGAAGGGAUCGGAGAAGCCGUGAACAAUAUUGUGAAACAUUUUCACAAACCUGAAAAAGAGAGAGGAAGCCUCACGGUGCUGCUGUGUGGGGAGAACGGCCUGGUGGCAGCACUCGAACAAGUUUUCCACCACGGGUUCAAAUCUGCCCGCAUCUUCCACAAGAACGUCUUCAUCUGGGACUUCAUAGAGAAAGCGGUUGCUUAUUUUGAAACCACUGACCAGAUCCUAGACAGCGAAGAUGAUGUCCUUAUUCAGAAAUCGUCCUGCAAAACCUUCUGCCACUAUGUGAACGCUAUUAAUACUGCACCCAGGAACAUUGGGAAGGAUGGCAAAUUCCAGAUUUUAGUUUGCCUUGGAACACGGGACCGCCUGCUCCCGCAGUGGAUUCCGCUGUUAGCCGAGUGUCCUGCCAUCACCCGAAUGUACGAAGAGAGUGCCCUCCUGCGGGACCGCAUGACCGUCAACUCCCUCAUCCGCAUUCUGCAGACCAUUCAGGACUUCACCAUAGUCUUAGAAGGAUCCCUCAUCAAAGGAGUGGACGUGUAGGCCAGCUGGCUAGACACUCAGUCCAGACCCCUGCUCCUGACCUCUCUGUCUGGGACCCAUUCGGACUUGUCUGACAGGUAGUGGGCCACUGCACGGGGGCGGCACACCCUGCCCCCCCCCACACACACACACAUGAGCAGUCCUCACGCCACAGACAAGGCAAAAUGCUGUAUAGUAGUUCGUUUGAACCAGGAAUUUAGUAUCAAAUAGAGUAUUUUCAUGUGUUAGAUGUGUGUAAAUAUGCUAUCUUCUUUAAGAAAUUAUAUUACUCUAAUAAGAUACUUUUCUUAGAUUGAAUAUUCCUGUGAUUUAAAAUAAGUAGCUUAAAAGCGUUGGGAGUUGAGGGGAAGAGUGGUGCUAGUCAGGAAGAAGCCAGUAAAUGUGUAAAUAGAGGGCAGCCCAGCCGGGCUUUUCUCCCUCCAGGUAUCACAAAGGAACCCAGGAUGCACUGCUGUGCCGCAGCCAUCCACCCUGGUGGCGGCCCUUUGCAUCGUGAAUGUAAACAGCCCUACCUACUGUACGGGGCGGUCCUCACUUGUACCUUUUAAGUUGCAAAUAGUUUCAUUCAUAUGAGUUGAGUCACUUUUCCAGUCUUUUGGGGGAAAAAAAUUUUAUCGGCACAAGAUGAAGAUAUAAUUCAAAUACUUUAAAUACUGAACCCCGGGAGCUUGGCUUAACUGGAAAGAGAACACACAAAGCCCUGAGAAGUGUGUUAAAUUGUGGGAUUAUAACUUCUUUACAGUUCGGAAAGAUUAGCCUAGACUAACUUCAUUCUUGGCAUUUUUAUUCUUGGAAUUUGAGGUACUUUGGGCAGAUGUGAAUUUCAAAGCGUUGGCCUCAUAGUCAUAACAACUGCAAACAGCAGUGUGAUCCUCUACUUUUUAUUUGGCCAUCUAAACCCUGCAGUGGCCCCUUACCUCUGAAGGGUAACCAUAAACCCUGCCUUUGUUUGGUUCCCAACACCCCCUCCCCUCUCCAGCGCCCAUCCCCCUCUCAGGAAAUGGAAGGAAUUUCAGAGAAGGAGGAGGGCUCUGUGUGGCUUGGAAUGUUUUUGUGAAAGUAUUUGUUGACCAAGAUAAUGCAAAUAACAGAAGGGGAGAGAAAGAACAGCCCUUUCUGGGUGUUUGGGGCAAGCACUACGUUCCUUUCUGAGAAGGGGUGGUGAUGUCAGACGAGCGGCCCACGGGAGGGGAGAGCCAGGACGGCAGGCACAGACGGCGAAAGGCAAGCGAAACAAGACGCACAGUUUUCAAAGACCAAAUGUUAGGGGGAACUUUGCAGUCUGGUGUUAUAUGAGAAAGUUAAAUAAAUGUGGUGUUAGCUAGUUACCUUAUGUCUUCAUCAUACAGGAGGUCCUGUAAUUAGGCUUUUGCACAUCCCUAGCAGUGAAAUUCCCUGAGCAGAGCUUUGGGUUUUGUUCCCAGUUGUGGCCGAGAUGCAAAGCCAUGGCCUGUCAGGACCCUUGUGCCACCUGAGGACCCUGGGCUGUAGUCAGCAGCCAUGUUUCCUUGACUUCCUGCAGGAAGAAACUCAUGAAACAAGGACCUCACUCUCUUUAUCUCACUCUUCAGCCAGGGCAGCCAAGGCACACCUCCUUCUAGUGUGUGACUUCGUUCUUGAGGGGGGAAGGGGUUGAAGAAUUUACAAACCCUGGAAAGGGUUUAAGAUGGUGGUUUCGGGUGACUUGGGAGACCAGAGGUUGGUUUGCUUGAGGCUAAAGCAUGUCUGUGGUGGUGUGGCUGUUCAGGGACACAGAAAUUCUUACAAUGGGAGGCCUUGAGAGCCUGUUUUACACCAGGCCCUUACUGCAUUUCAGUGAUCAGGAACCAGAGAAGGAUCCAAUCCAGGGAUUUGUUCUUACUGCCCUUUCCAUGAGGCCAUGCUUCUGACACACUCCGGGCAACCAGGGGGACCGCUUAGAUAGAUUGAGCCGUCUAGUCCAGCCUUCUCAUUUUAUAGGUGGGAACACUUAACGGAUGAAGAGAUUCAGUACUCCCACAGCCGGUCAGGGACAACACAGAGUCUAGAAUCCCGUUCCUUUGUUACACGAGGCUGCACGAGACUGACCUGCAGAGCACUCAUCCGAGUAGCCUUUCUGCCCUGGGCUCUUCAGACAUUCACCUAUACAGACAGGAGAUAAGGGUUAAUAUUCGUGUCUAAUAAUCACUUACGAGGAUUAAUAUUUACUUUAACAAAUUGUUCACAAGUAGUAAAAACUGGGAGAAAAUUCAAUGUGGGGGUCUGUGAAUAAAAGCAUGACCUUACAGAGAGUUACUAUCCCUAAAGUUUUAUCCCACUUUGUGUAGUAAAACUACACUGUAACCGUGACAUGACCGAUUUCAAGAGAAAGAGACACACCCUCUACCACGCCAGAUCCUUUGAAACGGGUCGCCUUGGGAACCCGUUUAUCUCAGUGCGGUGAUAACAGCCCUCGUGCUUAGCAUGGGAGGACCUCUUCGUGAGCUGCUUGAAAGGCCUGCAGCCCCUGGGAUCCAAGCCGAUGAAUAAAAAAGACACUCAAGCAGAGUUUGAGUCACACAAGAAACACAAUUCUAAAGAAAUGAGAUUUAGUUCUUACAUGGUUCCUCCCUGUCUCUGAGCCAACACCCAGUGAUUCUGAGCAGGGCAACAGCAGAAUCCUCAGAAAAAUGUGCACAGCCUUCCACGCACGCUGACCCUGGGAAGGGCCACAUCCAUUUAAGAGGUAUCCUUUCUGUUAUAUUUAUUUUUAAAGUUAGUACAGGGCUUUAUAAUCACACCUCAAAGUUAAAUAAAAAUCAGUUUUGUAAUUGACAUUUUUUCCCUCAAAAUAAAUUAGAAGUAAUGCCUGGAACUAUAAUUAGUAUUUUUGCAUAAUAAUGGCUUAAAAAGAAAUUGUUUUUAAAAUUAUAUUGCCAAAAAUAGUACUUCUUGAAACCUUUUUUAGGUGUUUUUCAAGUGGCCUGAAGCUCCUAGUCUGACCCUUUGUGGCACAGCAGCUUCACCCCCGUGUUGAUGUUGGUGUUGCACGUGAGACCCCACAGCUGCGCCCUGUCGGGGCUCAUUAGCACCUUGACAUUGACGGGCACAGGGUCCGGUUGGUCGUACUGGUCUUAUAGAAAAGUGGGGCUCCAGGUGGUGGAAAACAGGCUACCGGGGGAAAAAAGUAUGGCCUCCCCACCCUCCCCAUCCUCUUUCCCACUGGGGGCAAGAAUUUGGUGUAAGGAACCUAAAACCUGCAAAAGUUUACGAUUUCCCUCUAAAAUUCAUUUUAAGUGUUUCACACAUUUUUGUACCUUUUGUAACCCUGUGGUAUUUACUUUAACAUGGCUUUUUAAAAAAAUUAUUUUCAUGAACUUCUGUCCCACUCUAUGAAUGAUAUGGGGGAAAUACUGAAUUCUUUAUAUUUCCUUUUUUGGCAAUAAAUCACCAUUGUAUGUAAAUGUAAGUGAAAGGGGUAGAGGCGACACAUAACAGUUUAUGUGUAGUAUAUGUUGACACCUCUAGAUGUUUCAAAACUUGAGGCAACAGAUGAGGACCUCAGAUCCCCAGGGAAAUAGUUAUUUGAUAGCAGUGGGAGUGUAACUCUUAAUAAUGAACAUCUCUCUGCUAAGAAUUGUGAUUUUUCAGAAGAUUUUUAUUUUGAGAACUGUGAGUGUUUUCUCUGUGAGGUUUACAGAAACGAGUCCAUCCUUUUCACCGUGCUGAAAGGACAAUCUGAACCUUCGCUAUUUAUGUUUCAGUAUUAAGACACCUUCACGGUUUGAGAAUGUAGUCUUCCGCUCCUCUUUACUUCAUUAAAGUGAAUCCUGUUUCGGGGUCAUCUUUGUCUUUUGAAGUUCCUGUUUCUUAUGUUAAGUAUUCAUCACAUUACCAUUUAGCUUAAUAGGAGACAGAAACAAACAAUAAACUAUGAGGCCCCUUAUUCCUAUUAAAAUACAUUUCUAAAUCUCUUCGUGCAAACCUAUUUCCAAGCUUUUUGAAGAGAGUGUCAGUGGAGUGUGCUCAAAACAACUCAAGGAGAACCUCAUCCUUUCACAUCUUUCUAGAACUGAUUCACCGUCCUCCAAGGACAAAGUAAAGAUCGACUCCAGAAAGGUGUGACACUGAGCAAUGAACACCAGAGUGAAAAAUAACAAAACCUCUCUCUUUCUUUGAAAAAGUAAUCCGCCUCAUUUGCAGGAAUCCAGGGUAUCCUUGGGUUACGUGGGACGGGAUCGUGCUUGGUUCAGUCACCUGAAUGUGUUCUGUGUGGCUCCGUGCUUUACUCCAGACACCGAGUCUUCUUGACGCAGAGGUGUGGCAAGGAGUGCCUGCUGUCGAUCAACCGAAGGUGUUAGACAUACAGAAAAAAUCCUCUAUGUUAUACUUGAACCAUGUAUAAAUGUACCCUGUGUAUCUUUUUAACAAAUGAGCAUUUCUGCAUUUAAAUUAUAUUGUUUUUCUGUGUAUUAUUAACAAAAUGCAUCAGAACUGGAUUUUUGUUCCUCAUCUGAACAUAAUAUGAAACUUAAAGAGUAUUGUGAUAUCAAGCACUUUAGCAUACAUACGAGAGAAACUGACGUGGGGUUUUCAGGUUUUAGAGUACAUUUAAAUAUGACUUUUCAUGCUUUGUUCUUUACAAUAAAACUGUGGGGUUGAUA